GAACCGUCCACAACGCCCUCACCAAGGGGUGUCCGCCGAUUGCGAUUGGCUGACGCCCGUCCCGUCAGCUAGGCAGUAAGCGCCGCGGCCAGCAGAGGGCGGUCCGGACCCAAGUCUGCAGCGGCGCCAUUGGCGUGUGGAAAAUGCCACCAGAUGGCGGGUUAGGAUUGCAGCUCCGUUGAAGGCGCGGCCCCCGCUCCCGAACCCCCGGCGAACACCCCGUAACAACCCCCCCACAUCGGGAAUAACACACCGGAGACUUUUGGGGGGAAACUAGGUCGACGGCCGGCGGCGCCCGGAUGGGCAGCUGAGGAUUGACUUUGAAGUUACUUAAAAAGUUUUGAAUUGUACAGCACUUGAUUCUUUUGCUACAUUGUGGAAAGACCUCUUCAGCAAUGAUUACUUCAGAGUUACCAGUGUUACAGGAUUCAACUAAUGAAACUACAGCCCAUUCUGAUGCUGGCAGCGAACUUGAAGAAACAGAGAUCAAAGGAAAAAGAAAAAGGGGUCGUCCUGGUCGGCCUCCAUCUACAAACAAGAAACCUCGAAAAUCUCCAGGAGAGAAGAGUAGAAUUGAAGCUACUGUUAGAGGAACAGGCCGUGGAAGAGCUAAUGGGCACCCUCAACAGAAUGGUGAAGGGGAGCCUGUUACACUAUUUGAAGUGGUGAAAUUGGGGAAAAGUGCAAUGCAGUCCGUGGUGGAUGACUGGAUUGAAUCAUAUAAACAAGACAGGGACAUCGCGCUUCUGGAUUUAAUCAACUUUUUUAUCCAGUGUUCAGGAUGUCGAGGUACAUAAUGUU